GCAGAGGUCUGGCACCCAAUGAAGGAACAGAGCAGAGGAACUGGCUGCAGAGAAACACGGAAUUCUCCUGCUUGAACAUUCCCAUUUGUGCUUCCCAGACAUUCCCAGCCAUGAUGUUCUUCAGCCUCGUCGUCUCCUUACACUUCCUCGUCCCUUAUGUCGCCUGUGAGUCGGAACCUUUGGAAGAUGUAGUAAUAGAUCGAUACGACAUUCCCAAAAUCUGUCCCCGCGAGGUCCAAAUGGGAGACUUUGUGCGAUACCAUUAUAACGGCACCUUCAAAGACGGACAGAAGUUUGACUCCAGUUAUGACCGGGGAGUUGCCGUGGCGGGAUUUGUCGGAGUGGGGCGUCUUAUUACCGGCCUGGACCGGGGGAUACUGGGCAUGUGUGUGAAUGAGCUGAGAAAACUCAUUGUACCCCCUCACCUGGGCUAUGGAAGUAUAGGCGUGCCAGGUAUGAUCCCUGCCGACGCCACGUUGUAUUUCGACAUCCUCCUCCAGGACAUUUGGAACAAGAACGAUGAGGUGCAGAUAACGACUCUGCACAAAUCCGCCCCGUGUAACAGAACCGUCCAGGACUCGGACUUUGUCAGAUACCACUACAACGGGACACUGCUCGAUGGCACAUAUUUUGACUCCAGCUACAGUCGUUCCAGCACAUAUAAUGCCUACGUGGGUUCCGGUUGGCUGAUAAAGGGCAUGGACAUGGGCCUGCUGGGCAUGUGUGUCGGAGAAAAGAGAAGGAUGAUUAUUCCACCAUUUUUGGCCUAUGGAGAAAAGGGAUACGGAACCGUCAUCCCUGCCCAGGCUUCUCUGGUGUUCCAUGUUCUACUCAUCGAUUUCCACAACCCAAAGGACGGCAUCACUGUACUCAACCAGGUGGUUCCCCAACCGUGCCAACGCAAAGCCGUGACUGGAGAUUACGUGCGUUACCACUACAAUGGGACCCUCAUGGACGGAGCCUUGUUUGAUUCCAGCUACUCCAGAAACACAACAUACAACACCUAUAUUGGUAUGGGGUAUGUUAUCCCAGGAAUGGACGCUGGCCUACAAGGAGUCUGCGUGGGAGAAUGGAGGCAAAUCAUCAUUCCCCCUCAUCUUGGUUAUGGAGAGAAUGGAGCAGGAAACAGUAUCCCGGGAUCUGCCGUCUUGGUGUUUGAUGUGCACAUUGUAGAUUUCCACAACCCAAAGGACCCUGUGGAUAUUGAGGUGACCUACAGACCUGAAACCUGUAACACUACAUCGAAAAAAGGGGACUUCAUAAAGUAUCAUUACAACUGCUCUUUAAUGGACGGGACACUGCUCUUCUCAUCACAUGAAUACGAAACUCCCCAGCAAAUCACACUUGGAACAUACAAAAUUAUUGAUGGCCUGGACACUGGUCUUGCAGGAAUGUGUGUUGGAGAAAGGAGAACAGUUCUGGUUCCACCCCAUCUUGCACACGGAGAGAGUGGAGCCAGUGGAGUACCACCUAGUGCUGUGCUGAAGUUUCACCUGGAGUUGCUCCACAUGGAAGAAGGGAUACCAGAGGGUUAUUUGUUUAUCUGGUUGCAGGACACUCCUGAGAACCUCUUUGAAACAAUGGACCUUGACAAGAAUGGAGAAGUUCCCCAAGAGGAGUUUUCUGAUUUCCUGAAGGCCCAAGUCUCAGAAGGAAAGGGCAGGUUUUUGCCUGGUGGAGACAGAGAGAAAUCCAUCGCCGACAUGUUUGUAAACCAGGAUCGCAACAAGGACGGGAAGAUCACGGCAGAUGAGCUGAAGCUGAAGACAGAGGAGGAGACUGAACAGGUCCAUGAAGAACUUUAGAAGCUUUUCAGACUCACAACUGAUACCAGGCCUGGGGUUUAAGGAAGCUGCUGCUAUUAAAGCUACAACACACAAUGACCUUGGAAGGACCAGAGUAGCUGUGGCUCCUUAUGGCAAAAUAAAAUCCAUCGUUUUGGUGGGACUAACAAAUAUCUGAUAUCCAGUGUCAUCUGGAAAUUUGUAUUUCUUGGCAGGGAAAAGACCCUUGAGUUUUUUUUUAUGUUAAAUUAGAUGAACCCCUUAUCCUGCCUAAGGUGUUUGGCACCCACAGUCCCUUACACCUCUAUGGAACACUCUGCUACCUAUAGUAAAAGGGGGGUCACCUUAAAAUGAGCUUUUAGUGUUUGUAGACAAGAGUAGUAAAUCAAGACCAGCUGUUUAGAAUACGCUCUUGUAAAACCUACUAGACGUUCAUCUAAAGGCAAACUUCCUCUUUGAUUUCCAUGAAGAACGUUCAUUUAAAUGGACAGAUCUGAAGGAAAACAAAAGAAACUGUAGCUGGAUACACUAAGUUACCUGCUCAUGGGGCAGUUGGGCAACUCACGCGGACCACAAAGUUGCACCGAUUGGCUGUAUCGCUGGGCACAAGUGAAUGGAGUGUGGGACCGUCUCUUUCCAGGACAUUUGAGUUUAUUAGCGUUGGUGCAGGUGGAACCAAGGAAAGUGUUCAGCUGGGGACCAAAACCUUUUUGUUUUCUAUUUGGAAAGGAUGGAAAUGUUUCAAUUUUUGUAAUUGUCAGAUGUUUACAUUUAUUAAAGUUUUCCGUUA